AUGGAGGGCAACGACGGCCAGAGCAAGGAGGUGGUUCGCGCCUGGCGCGCCUGGAGGACGGUUCACGAGAUGUGUGCCGAUAGAGGCUACGAACUCGCCGAGUCAGAAAUCCAGAUAUCUCUCGACCGCUUCCGCCACGAAUACCUUGCCGCCGACGGCAGCGUCAACCGAAGCAAGCUCACCUUCUCCGCGCGCCCCUCGAGCGACAUGCUCAGCCGCCACACGCCCGCCCCGUCCGCCGCCAACCCCAACCCGGACCCAGACUGCGGCCCCAUCUACAUCGAGUUCAUCGCCGAGCAGGGCUCCCUCGGCGUGCAGCACCUGCGCCGCUUCGUCCAGCACGUGCUCGAGGGCCACUUCAAGGCCGGCAUCAUGGUCACCUCGAGCCCGCUGACCUCGGCCGGCCGCAAGCAGCUGCUGUCCCUCGAGAGCUUCGCCCGCAUCGAGUGCUUCCUCGAGGAGGACCUGCUCGUCAACAUUACCCACCACGAGCUCGUCCCCAAGCACAUCCUCCUCUCCACCGACGAAAAGGCCGUCCUGCUCAAGCGCUACCGCCUCAAGGAGACCCAGCUGCCGCGCAUCAAGCGCGAGGACCCCGUCGCCCGCUACCUCGGCCUCAAGAGGGGCAACGUCGUCAAGAUUAUCCGCAACUCCGAGACGGCGGGGCGUUAUGCCAGCUACAGGUACUGCACGUAG